CCAGGCACAUUGGUCCGCCCGCUGAGCUAGAGACCGGGGGUGGCGCGGCAGCUCUCGGGGAUUCCUGGCCCACGAUGCGCCAGAAGCAGCGAGACAGCCCGAGCCGAAGCGCGGCGGGGCUCACGGAGGGAGGCCGAGCGGGGCCGGGCUCCUGGGAGCGCGACGGAAGCUUGUCUGUCCCAGACACCCUGGAGUCUCCUCCGGCUGGCCCGGCGGGCGCGCACCUGCCGGGAGCCCCUGACCUCGCGGGCCAGGCGGCCCCCGAGCCGGAGAACAUGGCCCAGCCCAAGUCCGACUGCCGCUCACCUGUCGGCCUCGACUGCUGCAACUGCUGCCUGGACCUGGCCCACCGGAGCGGGCUCCAGCGCGACAACGGCGGGGACAACAACAACUCGGGCAGCCCCACCGUGAGCAACUUUCGGCAGCUGCAGGAGAAGCUGGUCUUCGAGAACCUCAACACCGACAAGCUCAAUAGCAUAAUGCGGCAGGAUUCGCUAGAGCCCGUGCUGCGGGACCCCUGCUACCUGAUCAACGAGGGCAUCUGCAACCGCAACAUCGACCAGACCAUGCUUUCCAUUCUGCUCUUCUUCCACAGUGCCUCCGGAGCCAGUGUGGUGGCCAUAGACAACAAGAUUGAGCAGGCCAUGGAUCUAGUGAAGAAUCAUCUGAUGUAUGCUGUGAGAGAGGAGGUGGAGAUCCUGAAGGAGCAGAUCCGGGAGCUGGUGGAGAAGAACUCCCAGCUGGAGCGGGAGAAUACUCUCUUGAAGACCCUGGCGAGCCCAGAGCAGCUGGAGAAGUUCCAGUCCCGUCUGAGCCCCGAGGAGCCAGCUCCCGAAACCCCAGAAACCCCCGAGGCCCCCGGUGGUUCUGCGGUGUAAGUGGCUCUGUCCUCAGGGUGGGCAGAGCCACUAAACUUGUUCUACCUAGUUCUUUCCAGUUUGUUUUUUGGCUCCCCAAGCGUCAUCUCACGUGGAGAACUUUAACACCUAGCAUAGCUGGUGCCAAGAGAUGUCCCAAGGACAUGGCCACCUGGGUCCACUCCAGUGACAGACCCCUGACAAAGAGUAGGUCUCUAGAGGCUGAGUUGCAUGGGGCCUGAUCACCCCAAGCCAGUGAGCCUCUAAUGCUGCUGCGCCCUGUGGGCUCUCAGGGCCUGAGCAAUUUAGCUGCAACUGGCAAAGGAGAGAGGUAGUUUGAGACGGGCUGCCCGUUUGCUCCAGAAAGUCUAAGGGGUCUGUUUUUUUCAUUUCCAUGGACAUCUUCAACAGCUUCAACCUGACAACAACUGUCCUAUGAAGAAACCAAUUGUGGUUUAAGCAGAGGCAACCUCUCUCUCCUCCAUUGCCUCACCAGGACAGGGCCACAGUUGGGAGAGAUUGAGCCAAGUCAGCCUUCUGUUGGUGAAUAUGAUGUAAUGCAUGGCUUUGUGCACAGCCCAGUGUGCGAUUAUGGCUUUGGGAUGACCGCUUACAAAGUUCUGUUUGGUUAGUAUUGGCAUAGUUUUUUCUAUAUAGCCAUACAUGCAUAUAUAUACCCAUAGGGCUAGAUCUGUAUCUUAGUGUAGUGAUGUAUACAUAUACACAUACACCUAUGUGUUGAAGGGCCUAACAAGCUUUGGAAGUAUUGAGUGGUCCCUUAUCUCUUAAGGCUAAUUCUUAGAUUUGUUCAUUUACUAAGUGGAUCCAGUUUGUCCUUUAGGUUAAGUAAAACUGAAGAGUAAAGGCAGGGAGGGGGGCCAGCCUCUAAAUGCCUUGCUGCUGCAACCUUUGCCCCAUAUGUCCCCUGAAUAUAUGUGAGGUCCCCUUCUGAAUGCCAAACCCACCAUUCACUGGUGCUGACUACAUAGAAUGGGGUUGAGAGAUCAGCUGGGACUUUGUCAUCUGAAAACUUUGUUUUGUUUUUAACGGUUGUGGAAAACUUUCAAGUGCAGAGAAUGAUUAGCUUGCCGGUGUCCUCUCGGACAAGGGAAUGACUCUGACCUGAUGAUGCCUGGGUGAUGUGCUCAGGGAGCUUGUCUCUAGGGAGUUCUGUGGCAGUGAACACUUCCCACUUUCUAACACCUUAUCCUGAUGUUAUGUCUCCAGGAUUUGGAUUUUGAUUUUUCAAAUGUAGCUUGAAAUUUCAAUAAACUUUGCUCUUUUUUUUUUUCUAAAAAUAAA